GUUGCCAUGGCAACAAAGUGGCGUAUCUGACCGCUUGUUUCAAAACUACUCAUCCUUCGCGUCCCUUGGUAUUCAUAUGAUAAUUCUUAACUAUUAAUUCUCAAUCGAACGAGCAAAAGAUAAGUGCAAGCGGAGAUGAAGCGAAUAAUUGCGGAACAGAAAAAGCUUGAACUGUUUCAGCUCAUCCGUGAUGAACGCAAGACACUUUAUGGAGAGUUUAAGGGCCCCAAUGCCCGCUCGCGUAGGCUUCAAGAAUGGGGUCGCAUACGCGAGCGAGCCAUUCAACUUGGCCUGAUAAAUGACGCAACAUCGACGCAAAGCAUGCUGCAGGGUGUUAUAAAAAACACCCAAGACCGGACAAAAAAAAAAUUCCAGCAAAAGAACCAGUCGGGGGCAGGUGCAGUGGUCUGGACCCAGCUCGACGAUACCGUCAUGGAUUGCGUGGGCAGAGACAACUACCUGACGUCGUUUAAGGUUCCUGGCGGGAUUACCUGGGGCCAGAUGAUGACGAAUCAGCAAGAAGCCGGCCCAGAAACCGCACUGACAACCGCGGGAGAAACGUCAUCAGCACCCAGUAUCUACUUCACUACAGAAGACGGUCGGUUGAUAGGGCUGGGCACGCCGCUCGCCCAGUCUCCGGCGACCAAUGCGACCACGAUAACCACCACGGUCCUCUCGACCGUCCCCUCGACCAGGGCAGGCUCGUCAAACGCAACAACCCCUUCGACUGGUCCGCCCCAGGAAAGCGCCAUGGCUCUCUCGUCCGGCAAGGCCUCGUCAGCUGACGCAGCCCCUUCGACUGUUCCGUCCCACUCCCAGGGGAGCGCCACGGCUCUCUCGACCGGCAAGGCCUCGUCAGCUGACCCAGCCCUCCCGACUGGAGCGUCCCAGGAGAGCGUCACGGCUCUCUCGACCGGCGAGGCCUCGUCAGCUGACGCAGCCCUCUCGAUUGGUGCGUCCCAGGAGAGCGCCACGGCUCUCUCGACCGGCGAGGCCUCGUCAGCUGACGUGGCCCUCUCGACUAGAGCGUCCCAGGCAUCGGAGAGAAACCGCGAUGAGAUUGAAGCGCGCCUCCAGCUCAUCCGCUCAACGCCACUCUUCAGACGGACGCCGGAGGAGGUGACCCUGCUCCGCACCUACCUCAGCUUACAGAUCCUGGAGGACAUGCUGCAGGGAGGAACUCCCACACCAACCCUGACAUAUGUGCUAUGAGCAGGGCUGCGGAACCGCAGCUAGAGCUGGAUCCGGAGCCGCCGGAGCCGGCAUCUUUUGCCCGGAGAUGGAGGCGGAGCCGGAGCUGUCGAAGUUGGUGGCGACUCUGGCUAAAUUUGUUUGUUUUGUUUUUAAGGAAAAAGUUAACUUAAUUAGUUCGGUUUGACAGUCACGUGAAUGAAAUACGCCUCAAAUAUAUUAUUCCUUUCUUGUGAAGGAAAUAAACCGU